UCGCCGAGCCGCCCGCGGGAAGAAAGCAGCGCUCCGCCGGGCUCCGCGCCGCUCCGCGCCCCUCCGCGGGGCCAUGCAGCGCCCCUGCCCCCCCGCCACGAGCGGUGCCCCUCGCCCCGCCGCCCCCCGCGCAGCCUGAGCGCCUCGCGGGGGCUCCGCGCCGCUCCGCGCCCCUCCGCGCCCCUCCGCGCCCGGCGGUGGGACGGGGCUGGCGGAGGCAGAGGCGGCACAGAGAAGCUCGGCGGCUCUGCGCGAACGCCCACCCCUGCCCCGGCCAUGGGGAAGGGGCUGGAGGGGACGGCGGCCCGCUGCGGGCUGGGACUGGGAUACCUGCUGCAGACCGUGGUGCUGCCCGCCCUGGCCGUGCUGGGGGCCAGCCGCCCCGGCUCCGCCGCGCAAGAUGAUGAUUUUUUUCAUGAACUUCCAGAAACGUUUCCAUCUGAUCCUCCAGAGCCAUUGCCCCACUUCCUCAUCGAACCUGAAGAGGCUUACAUUGUGAAGAAUAAGCCUGUAAAUCUGUACUGCAAAGCGAGCCCAGCCACGCAGAUCUAUUUUAAGUGCAACAGCGAAUGGGUUCAUCAGAAGGACCAUGUUGUGGACGAGAGAGUAGAUGAAACCUCUGGUCUGAUUGUCCGAGAGGUAAGCAUUGAGAUUUCCCGCCAGCAAGUCGAGGAGCUCUUUGGGCCCGAAGAUUACUGGUGCCAGUGCGUUGCCUGGAGCUCUGCAGGCACCACCAAGAGCCGGAAAGCCUACGUCCGCAUUGCAUAUCUCCGGAAAACUUUUGAGCAGGAGCCCUUGGGAAAAGAAGUGUCCCUGGAGCAAGAGGUCCUGCUCCAGUGCCGUCCCCCCGAAGGCAUCCCAGUAGCUGAGGUGGAGUGGCUGAAGAAUGAAGAGGUGAUUGAUCCCGUGGAAGACCGAAAUUUUUACAUCACCAUCGAUCACAACCUGAUCAUUAAGCAAGCCCGGCUCUCUGACACGGCCAAUUACACUUGUGUUGCCAAAAACAUUGUGGCCAAAAGGAAAAGCACCACAGCGACUGUGAUUGUCUAUGUGAAUGGAGGCUGGUCUACCUGGACUGAGUGGUCAGUGUGUAACAGCCGAUGCGGGAGAGGCUUUCAGAAGCGUACGAGGACCUGCACCAAUCCUGCCCCACUCAACGGUGGUGCCUUCUGCGAGGGCCAGAGUGUUCAGAAAAUAGCUUGCACCACUCUGUGUCCAGUGGACGGCAAGUGGACGUCCUGGAGCAAGUGGUCCACCUGCGGCACGGAGUGCACCCACUGGCGCCGGAGGGAGUGCACGGCCCCGGCGCCGAAGAACGGGGGGAAGGACUGCGAGGGGCUGGUGCUGCAGUCCAAGAACUGCACCGACGGGCUCUGCAUGCAGGGUUUCAUUUAUCCUAUUUCAACUGAACAGAGAACCCAGAAUGAAUAUGGAUUUUCUUCUGCUCCUGACUCGGAUGAUGUUGCUCUCUACGUUGGGAUCGUCAUAGCCGUGAUCGUGUGCCUGGCUAUUUCCGUGGUUGUGGCCCUGUUUGUCUAUCGUAAGAACCACCGUGACUUUGAGUCAGAUAUUAUUGACUCCUCAGCGCUAAAUGGGGGAUUUCAGCCUGUUAACAUCAAGGCUGCAAGGCAAGACCUCCUGGCAGUACCACCAGACCUCACUUCUGCUGCAGCCAUGUACAGGGGUCCUGUUUAUGCCUUGCAUGAUGUCUCUGAUAAAAUCCCAAUGACCAAUUCUCCAAUCCUGGACCCGCUGCCCAACCUGAAAAUCAAGGUUUAUAACACCUCUGGCGCAGUCACUCCCCAAGAUGACCUCUCUGACUUCUCCUCCAAGCUGUCCCCCCAGAUUACACAGUCUCUGCUGGAGAAUGAGACUCUGAACAUGAAAAACCAGAGCCUUGCUCGGCAAACAGACCCGUCGUGCACUGCAUUUGGGACCUUCAACUCUUUAGGAGGUCACCUAGUAAUUCCCAAUUCAGGAGUAAGCUUGCUGAUCCCAGCAGGGGCCGUUCCACAAGGGAGAGUCUAUGAAAUGUAUGUGACAGUUCACAGGAAGGAGAACAUGAGGCCGCCUGUAGAAGACAGCCAAACCCUGCUGACACCGGUGGUGAGCUGUGGCCCACCAGGAGCCCUGCUAACCCGGCCCGUCAUUUUAACCAUGCACCACUGCGCAGAACCGAACACGGAGGACUGGCAGAUCCAGCUGAAGCACCAGGCUGCCCAGGGGCCCUGGGAGGAUGUAGUGGUGGUCGGGGAGGAAAACUUCACCACUCCGUGCUAUAUCCAGCUGGACCCAGAGGCCUGCCAUAUCCUGACAGAAACCCUCAGCACCUAUGCCUUGGUGGGACAGUCAAUCACCAAAGCAGCAGCCAAACGUCUCAAACUGGCCAUCUUUGGACCCCUGUCCUGCUCUUCACUGGAGUACAGCAUCCGGGUCUACUGCCUCGAUGACACACAGGAUGCCCUUAAGGAGGUCCUCCAGCUUGAGCGGCAGAUGGGUGGGCAGCUUUUGGAGGAGCCCAAAGCUUUGCAUUUUAAGGGAAGCACCCACAACCUCCGCCUGUCCAUUCAUGACGUUGCCCACUCUCUCUGGAAGAGCAAACUGCUGGCUAAAUACCAGGAGAUUCCCUUUUACCACAUCUGGAGUGGAUGCCAGAGGAACCUGCACUGCACCUUCACGUUGGAAAGGUUCAGCCUGAAUACCCUGGAGCUGGUGUGCAAACUCUGUGUGCGGCAGGUCGAAGGAGAAGGGCAGAUCUUCCAGCUCAACUGUUCUCUCUCAGAGGAACCCACUGGCAUCGAUUAUCCUCCUAUGGACUCAGCAGGCUCCAUCACCACCAUAGUAGGGCCCAGUGCUUUCAGCAUCCCCCUCCCAAUAAGGCAGAAGCUGUGCAGCAGCCUGGACGCGCCCCAGACCAGGGGCCACGACUGGCGGAUGCUGGCCCACAAGCUGAAACUGGACAGGUACCUAAAUUAUUUUGCUACGAAAUCGAGUCCCACCGGUGUGAUCCUGGAUCUCUGGGAAGCCCAGAAUUUCCCUGACGGCAACCUGAGCAUGCUGGCGGCAGUUCUUGAAGAAAUGGGAAGACAUGAAACCAUUGUUUCUUUGGCAGCAGAAGGAGAUUACUGAUGCAUCCUUGACGUGAACAGGAAGGACAGACACAGGGAGCGGUAACGCCCUGUUAUUACAAACGAGAAUUGAAAUGAAAACCCAGACCAAUGAGUUACACAAGAGACAUUUCAGAGAAGAAAGCAAGCAAAAAAAGAACAAGACAAAAAAAACAAAAAACAAAACAAAACAAAAAAAAAACAGCCCUGACCUUCACACGUGCUCUCCUUGUACAUUAUCACAGGAUCUAAAAGAAAUCAUGCAAACUUGUACCUUGAAAAUAUACAUCAACAUAAUGUUCCUCUCGGCUUGGCUGUACACUGCUUGGUACAGAUUUUACAGUUUCCUAGGAAACGCUUUUUAUUGCUAUCCAGAUAUAUGGAUAAACUUUCUUAACAAUCCCAGUUUCUAUGGAUGUUGUUUACAUCAAAUUCUGGACAGGGGUAAGGAGACUGUCCAUGGCUCUUUAUAUUUUUUGUUUAAAGCCAUUCUAGACAAGGCUAUGGACAGUUGGUUGUGGCUAUUUCAGCUUAUUGGUUUCUGGUGAAUUCAGAUUUUGGCUACAAUUCUGCACAUCGACUGUCUCACAACGAUCCUCCUGUCAUUGUUCUGUUUCCUAGACCUACUUGUAAAAAAAAAAAAAAAAAUACAAACAACAACAAGAAAAUCAGAGUUUAAGAGGUGUGCAUCUGGAAAGCAGGUACUCUGGGUGCUAAGCAGGAACACAUUUAACAUCCCCUUCCUUCCCCGAUCAAGUCCCACUGAGCCUGUGUGGAGAAUAGCUGUAGUACAGUGGGGAACGUAGGAUCGGAGUUAAUUUUCAAUUCAAAAUGUAACAAUAGCCUUUCCACCCCUUUAGGAUAUGAGGGGGCUGGAUAUGCAAUUCAGAGUUGUUAAGGGAAAAAAAAGAAGAAACCCAGAAAAAAAUAAAAAAGAGAAGUUGCUAUGAUAAUUAUUUACUAAUUAGUAUCUAGUGCAAGGAUUAUAAUUAUUAUUAUUAUUAUUAUUACCAUUAUUACUUUAUUUCUAAUUUUGUCAGCAGCAGAAUGAAUCAUUCCUGUUUUUAUGGAACCUGUUGUCCCCUUCCUGAAGGUCUUCUAAGACAUGUCCCUCUAUAUGCUGUCUGUCCUUCCCUUCUCCAGCCAUCAUACUCCUCCUCCCAAGUCCUCUGCUAGCCCAUAAGGGUUGCUCACCUCAUGUUAGCAUUGCUGUGCUUCAUGCCCGAUGCAAAGGUGGUACAAACUGUUGGCGCUCUGCUGAAGUCACUGCUCUGCACCCGCUAAGGACCCAACCCAGCACCCCUCCCUGGGACGUUCUGCCCUACCUUGGUGCCUCCGGGUUAGUCCAAGAAGCAUUCCUGUCCCGAGGUUGCUGUCAACCAGUGACAGCCUCCCACUUCAAAUACAUGUUGCCCACUGGUUCAGGAACACGGGUGCAAGGAUGUGGAGGCACUGAUGUUGGCCACCUGAUUUUUGCAUCCAAGGUGGGCCUCCAGAUGUCUUGCUUUGCUUUGAAGUGGUCUGAGACCCAGCAGCUCCUGUUGGCUUCCCACGGAGCUGCAGGUACUCACUCUUGCUGAAACCCACCGCCUCUGCUGUGGUCAGGGCUCCUGGGGAGGGUCCUCUGGUGGGUCAUUUCUGAUGCACUUGGUGGAUCUCCACAGAUAUUCCCAGGCUUGCUGCAGCCAGGGAAGCCUCUGCCACACGGGCCAGUGUGGUGAAGUGGAAAUCGCAGAUACUGCAGUCCGCUCCCUCCGGCGCCGCUGCCUGGGCAGGGUGGUGCAGGCCCUUGCUGGCCAACCAGGGAGACGUUUGUCCCUCUCAGCCAUGUCCCUCUUGGCCACCACAAUCAGGUGAAGUGGGGACUGAGCAAAAGGAGCAAACGCUUGCUUUUUUCGGUUGUCACUGCAAACGUGUUUUAUUUCCUGCUCAGUGAAAAGAUCGACUCUUUGGUACAUGACAGCGCAUGGGAUUGCAGUAGUUUUACUGCCAGGCUUGCCUGUCCUCCACUUCUGGUGCAAAACAGGCUUUCUUCCCCAGCCCGUCUGCUGCAGGUUUCCAGCCAGACCCUGAUUACUGCUGUUGUGCACAUAUGCAUGCUCCUGCCCACACACAUACUCCGUGUGCUUCCUGAGACCAGAGCUGGCUUGUUUUCUUUUGUUUUUGGUUUUGUUUUUCCCCAAGGCUUUCCAGAUUGUGCCUUUAAAGGUAACGUUGAAAAUGUCAUUGGUCAAAAUGAAAGGAAAAUUUCAUCUGACCUUUUUCCCAUUUGACAUUUCCAUAGGCUUGGGACUUUUCUUUUUUUUUUUUUUUUUUUUUAAUUUCUCAGCUCCCUGACACCAGCUGGGUUUUGAUUGACCGCUGCACAGUGAUCACAAAGCACUCCCUUCCUCGAAAAAGGAAACCUAGCAGUUUGCAAACCAGCAUUUCAGUCAAAACCUGAGACCAGAGGACAUACAUUUUCUCUUUCAACAUCUGUCUGCAUUUUGCCUGUGCAGGCCCCACCUUCUCUUAAUGUGGAGAUGCCAAGGGCAUCCUUUCAACAAACAUCCAUCUUCUUUUUCACCUUGCGCAUCCAAUGCAGCCCACUGCAAUGCUAAUGAAAGUCUUGCUUUCAGCUUCAGGAGGCUUCAGCUGGGGCUUCCAGCUCUGCCCUUUCCCUACAUUUUUUAUUCACCCUGGAGCAUUAAAAUGGCUCCUAAAAGAUAGGUCUCAGCGUUUCUCCCUCCUGUGCCAUCUUCAGGUGUAACCAGUUGUAUUUAGUUCGUGCUUCCUCACCCUUCCCGCAUGUCCUUCCUGCGUGCCUCCUCUUCCAAGGCAGGUGCAUGAGCUGAACCAUCCUUCAGCCCCUGCCCCUCUUCAGCUCAGUCUUCGUUAGCUGACGCCCAAACUCACUGCUGUGCCCAGCUCUCAGCUUUUGGUAGGUGGGCAGCGUGUGCACCCUUCUCACUGGGGCCUUGCCAGACAGUGUCUCCUAGCUAUCUGUAUCGCUGUGAGUUGCUACUCCUUUUGCCACCUCUCUGACCUACUCCCCAAUAGCUCCUUCAAGGAAAAACAGAUGAGCAACUUUCUUAAAGUAUUCUAGGGCGUUUUCCUUUUGCAGUGUCACUGUAAAGGGGAUUUAUUGAGAGGAAAAGGCACUCUCUGAUUAAGAGGAUCGUCCACAGAGGUGGAUGGAGGUCCAGCACAUCACUGCUGGCUAGGGCAGCGGCAUCACAGUCGCUGGAAGGUGGAGCUGCUCUUCUUCCACCCUGUCUGCUCAGAAACCUUCCCCUGCCUGCUGCAGUCAGGGGCUGGAUGGUUUCUCCUGCUCCAGGGUCCCAACACGGCACUGUGCCAGCUGCCUCAGCUCUGCCGGGGCAGGGAGACGCAGGGGCUGCCGGCAACAGGGACAUUUCCACCACAGAGCCAGUAGCUCUGCACUCCAUAGCUGCUAACAGCAGCUCCCACCAUACCUGACAGCCCCCCCCCCCCCCCCCCCCCGCAUUAAUUUUGCUGGCUAUUUUCUUUUUUUUUCUUUUUUUUUUUUUAUUUUUUCUGGGGGGUACAGUGGUGGCAGGGCAUGCGGCUGGGGAGAGCGCUCUGGCACAGGCCAGUGGUACGCACCCCUCAGCAUCCCCCUCCUGCUGCCCCGAGGAGGGAGGGUGGGAAGCAACGGUGGCCAGAUCCUUUGGGGAUAUUAUUUUUGGUAGGAGGAAAACCAGCAGCCGUCCCUCCGCCUGGAUGGCGGGGACACAGUGCCAUCUCGUGGGGCCGAGCCCCGGCUCCAGCCUGCUGCCGCCGACACGGCGAGCAGCAUCGCCCGGGAAAAGGCUUUCUCGUAGGGUGGCUCUUGAAAAUGGCAGAGAAGGUCAGCAGACAGAACCGACUCUAAAAAAUUAUUGUAACAUUUUAUGUCAGGUAAGCACAUCUGCUUUUAAAAAAAAAAAAAAAAAAAAAAAAAGGCUGCAGGCUUCUUAUCCUCCAGUUAUUACUACUUUUUUAAAUGCUUAUCCUUUUAGUUGUCCACCUUUGGCUAUGUGCUGUAGCAGUUUUGCUGCUCGUCACACCAUCACUUUAUUACAUGUUGAUUGCUAGUGCUAUAAAUAAUAUAUAUAUUAUAUAAAUAUAUAUAAAAUAUCUACUGACUUCAAGGAAAAACUUUAAUUUCCAAGUAAGAAACACUAUCGGAGGCAGUCCUUUUCACCUGAUUUUUUUUUCUUCAGUUCUUCUUGUGUUGUGUUCUUGUAAAGGUGGCUGUCAGUGUAUAGGGUAAGUAAGCUUGGGGUUUGGUUGGGGUUUUUUCUGAAUUUUCUGAUCACAGCUGAUCCACUGUAUCUCCCUAAACAGUGCAAGUCCUAAAUGCCGUUUUACUGAGUCUUGAAAGUUUUGAGGCAGUGAGGGUCUCUUCAGUCAAGCUUUGCUUCCAUGGGAGACUGAGAGCUUUUUUUUUCUCCCGUACCGCUGGCAGAAAUGCAAACACUCGUGAGACAUGUUGGAGUCUGGGAUGCCCACAUAGCAAAACAUGUCUGUUCCAUGGGUUUUUUGCUAUUUCUGUUGCUGACAUAUAGAAUAAAUGUAUUUACAUGCUGUAAGCCCAUCAUUGUGGACAGUGUCCUAAUGUUUUGUAUUGCUACCUACAACAGUUUCUUUUUGGUUCUCUUUUUCUUCUUGUUUUGGGGAGUGGGAGUAUGGGGAAGGGAGGGGUGAGGGGGCCCUUAGACCAUUGUAUGCUCUAGCCAAGUAGUUACCACAGCUCUGAGGUUAAUUUUAAACAAGAUGAGACUGUUGAAGUUGGGAUUUUUUUUUAAGCUCGUGUCCAGGGCACUUUGUAAACUAUCUUACUGAGUGUUCAGAAGUCUUUUCAGGCAUUCAUCUGGCUCUCAUCUUGCCACGAAGUAACUAAUUGUUUGCAGGCUGGCUUGCUUAAUAUCAGGCGGUGCAAAGAUGCGAGUGGUUUGCGAAUGGAAACCAAACCUUUGGCUCUUCUCCUGCAAGGACUCCAAUGAGGUAUUAACUUUGGGGUCACCACUGCAAUCCAUUCCUAGCUUGUGUGUAAAACCUCGAGUUCAUAAAAAUGAGCUGCGCUGCAGAUUUUUAAACGCUGAAGCAUGUAUCUUGGACAUCCUUUGAAGUGGGAAUUUAACAGAAAUGCAAAAUGCGCGCGUGUGUGUGUGUAUACAGGCAGACAGAGAGGAGAAAAUAAAAGACACUUACUGCUCGAGGUUUUUAGCUCUGAUGUUAGUUGUGGGCAUCCUCUUACGAGCAACCUUUGCUUGGGAAGGUGAAAGUCAAAAUUCAUUGCUGUAUCAUCACUGCAAGGUCAAGUAGGCAGUAUUUCGAGAGCCAACAGAGUGUAAACUGGCAAAGAAACUAGAGCUGGACUUGAACCAAAGCCACAGAAACGAGCCCUCAAGUUUGUUAGGUCAAGCUCCUCGCUUGAAAUUGGAGCAUUUAGUUUAUUUACUUGUCCUUUAAGCUUGACACCUGCUCCCUGAAAUCUGAAAAUCCCUUUAUCUGAAAGUCAUUUGAUAAACUCUGCCUGUACAAAAAAACAAUGAUAAUACAGAAUGCCCGCAAACCUCUAUCAUCAAACAGGUAUUUCACAUUUUUUGUGAUGUUGGUUAAAUGUAUUUAAUAGUGAUUCAGUCUCCUUGACUGCUUACAAAGAGAUUAAUUGCUACGUGUGCUGUACCCUGGGCUUCCCUUUCCUCCCAAAGCAUCCCGUGCCAUGGCAUGGGAGUAACUUCUGGAUGCCUGUGAAGAAGCGGGAUGUAAUCAGGCAGGGCCCUUCCGCAGCGGUGAGAUGACUCGCUGAGUACUGGCACUCUGGUCUCCAGCUGCUGCCAGCUGGCUCUUGCUACAGCUUGCUGGUAAAUUUGGGAGCUUAAACAAAACAAAUAAAAAGAAAAAUUGGUCUGGAAAGUAAAUAAAAUUAGGAAGAUGGAGUAGCAAAACACUCUUCUCCCAUAGGUCUGUCAAGGCGUCUUGCAAAAACACCCGCAGAGCGGUGAGCCCACAGCCUACUUUGAAGCGGGGUGCGUAACACAGCUGAGACAGAGAAGUUAUGGCAUCACCUGGCAUUACUGUUUUGGCACAUCUGUGUAGUAGACUUUUUUUGCUAACACAUGUUCUCUCUGUUAAUGCUGAAGAGUAAAAAAAAUAAAAAAAUAAAAAAAAAAUCCCCAAACAACCCUUAAGAUGGUACCUUUGGUACCUUUCCAAAGCAAAGAAGGAGGGCCCAUAGGAAAUCGAAUGCCUGUGCAACCCAGGCCGAGAGGGUGUACCCUGUUUCUCCCUCCUCUUCCCAUGUCUCAGCUCUACCAGGGUUCGUGGGAUUUGUUUUCUUUGCUAUUCAGAUUUGUAGAACUAUUUUGGUUUUGAUUUCCCUAUUGCUGUAUCUUCUAUGCAAUUCCUUUUCUAAAGACUGACUUACUACCGGAGAAGUGCUAGCCAUUGCAUUAUUUGUAUUGCUGUACAGUGGAGGUGUGGUUUACUAGUUCUGAGUGUGCCUCUUAUCCCCCUCCCUUUUUCUCCUUCCCUCUGUUUGUAAAUGCCUGCAUUUAUUCUGUCAGCCUGACAUGUACAAAGUGUAAGAAAGAAUUUUUAAACAGGUAAUAAAUUAUAUUUAUAAGCAACUGGAAAAAAAAA